AUGUCGACGUUUGGUACCCUCUUCCGCGUUACGACCUACGGCGAGUCCCACUGUGCGUCCGUCGGUGCAAUCAUCGACGGCUGCCCGCCCGGCUUGCCGCUUGUUGCCCAAGAUGUCCAGGUACAGCUGAGCCGGCGAAGGCCUGGCCAGAGCAACCUCACUACUCCUCGUGACGAGAAGGACCAAGUCCACCUCCAGUCUGGUAUCGAACAUGGCAUCACUCUGGGUACGCCCAUCGGUCUGCUUGUACGCAACGAAGACCAACGACCGCAUGACUACUCGGAGACCGACCUCUACCCGCGACCCAGUCACGCCGACUGGACCUACCUCGAGAAAUAUGGCGUAAAAGCCAGCAGCGGUGGCGGCCGUAGCAGUGCACGCGAGACGAUCGGCCGAGUCGCAGCGGGCGCGAUCGCCGAGAAGUACCUGAAGAUCGUCUACGGCAUCGAGAUCGUCGCCUUCGUCUCUUCCGUCGGUAAGGUACACAUGCCGUCCUCGGUCGGCCCGCCCUCGCAGGCGUCGAGCGAUGACGAUGACACCGUCGAGGAGGCGCUCAGCCCCGAGUUCGUCGAGCUCCUCAAGACCGUCUCCCGCGAGCAGGUCGACGGGCACGCGACGCGGUGCCCGCACCCCGAGACCGCCGAACGUAUGGUCCAGCGCAUCCUCCGCGCGAAGGAGGCGAGCGACUCCAUCGGCGGGACGGUCACCUGCGUGGUGCGCGGGGUGCCCUCCGGGCUGGGCGAGCCCGUCUUCGAUAAGUUCGAGGCGAAGCUCGCGCACGCGAUGCUCUCUAUCCCCGCGACGAAGGCGUUCGAGAUCGGCUCCGGCUUCCGCGGGACCGAGAUCCCCGGCAGCAGGCACAACGAUGCUUUCGUGGUCAGACCCGAUGGGAGCAUGGGCACGAGCACGAACUGGAGCGGGGGUAUCCAGGGCGGGAUCACGAACGGGGAGGACAUCUACUUCAGGAUUGGCUUCAAGUCGCCCGCGACCAUUUCCCAGGCGCAACAGACUGCCCAGUACGAUGGUACCCCAGGUACGCUCGCCGCGCGGGGCCGCCACGACCCGUGCGUCGUCCCGCGUGCCGUCCCGAUCGUGGAGGCGAUGGCGGCCAUCGUCAUCAUGGACCAGCUCCUCAUCCAGAACGCGCGUAAGACCGCCGCAGGGCUCCUUCCGUCCAUCACGACUCUUCCGCCGACGAUGGUCAAGGCCGGUGCACCGGCGGCAAAGGAGGAGGCGCACUAA